GCUUUUCCGUAGGGCUGAUCUGGUGCCUGUUUAUUCAUUCGGAGAGAAUGAACUCUUUAAGCAGGUCGUUUUCUCAGAGGGCGGUCUUGGUCGCAGGUUACAGGACUUAUUUAAAAAGAUCAUGGGUUUUGCCCCAUGUCUAUUUGUUGGUGAGCGCUUCGCAUUCCUGCCCUACAGGACUCCAAUCACAACUGUUGUGGGAAGUCCAAUCUCAGUGCCAAAGCGGACCACACCAACUGACGAGGAGGUUGAUCACUAUCACAAACUUUACAUGGAGGGACUGUCCAAACUAUUCCAUGAACACAAAGUCAGCUGUGGACUAUCGGAAAAUCACGAGCUUCGGAUUAUUUAGACAUUUCAGUUUCACAUGGACUUGCACUGCUGUUUUUAUUUGCUACUGUGACUGGCAGUAUGCAUCUGAUGUGACGGACCUGAUCUCCAGUAAUACAUUCAUGUCAUAGGUUUCUGUGUUCAUACUCGAAAUGAUGACUGUUUUUGAAAAAAUGUAACAUUCAUAUAUGCAUAAAACAAUAACUAUGAUGCAAGGGUCUUUUUGUGGGAGUACUAUGUUUGCUAAACAGUGGAGCUGUAUUGGUAUACUGUAUAAGGUAUGACAUGAUGUUCAAAACACACCUAAACAUUUUUACAAUUCUGUGUGUCGACAGAAGAUUUAGACACUUGGAAGGAAAGACCAUGAAUUUCAUAUAAUAAAUUAUUGGUUAUGUCAAAA